UAUUUUAUCAGACGGCUGUGGUUUAACACGCUGAUAACGAUUGAACAGGAAAACAGACAAUGGCUGCCCGGUGGAAUUUAUUGUUCGUUCUCUCCUUCUGUGUCUUGUUAGGAAGUUCAUCCCAGGUUGAUUGUAACCCCAAAUGCCCUGUUGGGUUCUGCUGCGUCCAUGAAGUAUUCCCCGAAGCCUAUGUGUACUGCAAGAAGCUUGGAUCCCGAAACGCCGACUGUUCAACGAAAGUGACAGCGUCCACAUGCCCGUGUGCUAAUGGCAUGUCCUGUCAUCCUAACAUCGACACUCCCACCUUCCGCUCCUUAUAUGGGAAAUGCCGGCCCAAGACAACAGGAACUGUCAUUGGGUGAUUCAUGUGCUUAAAGAUUAGUAGUUGUUGAAAAGAAUAAAACAUUUAUAUUUCAAA